AUGAAGCGAAAGGCAAUUACUUCUCCAGGGUCCUGCAGCCCCCAAGAUGUGAUCGUGAACAUCAAGCACGGCUCCUACCCGGCGGUCAACCCCGACGGCUACGACUUCCCGAAGCACUUUGUGGACCCCGCCACCAGGCAGCGUAUACACACGCUGGAGCUGCUCUCCGACGGCAAGAACAGGACCUACUCGAUACGGAACCCGCGCCCUGGCAACUGGUACGCGCUGGUGUACAAAAAAUGGGAGGACCCCAGGACGCAGAAGGUCGAGCAACAGGGUCUAGUCGCGGACUGCCACACUAUUCUGUACACGGACUUGCAGGUGAAAAGGGAGAAGGACAUCCGACUUGUCGACUGCUACGCCGGUCUGACGCUAAACUAUGAUGAAGUACCGUCGGACUUCAAAUGCAUGACGGUGGAUAGUACAGAGGCUGUAAAUUUCAGGCUCACGAUAAGGAACACGUCCAUUACGAACGGCGAGAUCCUUAUCAGCGUCCAAUCUCUGUCCCUUCCUACCGAGGAGAGCUAUCUGCUGUCAUGCGCGUUCGACCCCAGGUUGAGCAACGAACAGACCAUCAACUUCUCCCCGUACCCCAGCGCGUGGCACUACUUAAGUGUCCAGCGCAUCGUCGGCAACGCUUCUAGGUAUGCCGACUGCGAGUCGUACCGCUAUCGCGCCGACAUCGACGAAGCGGACAACCGUACCACCGUUGACCUCAUGCGCGACGACAAGGGCAGAUUCUUCACCUUCGACUACGGCCUGCCCACCACCGACCUGCAGGACGUGACCAGCCUCGUCAACCUCACCUCGGGCGAGGCCAAAAGCCUGCGGCUGAACGUCAACCAGUUCCUGGACAUAGGCGGCAACUUCGCUAUAGAGGCCAGUCUCCUCAUGAGCCUCAAAUACUACAUGGGCUACAGGCGCGAGCUGAGAAACGGCUCGCUCUUCGCGUUCACCGAACGCAACCAGUUCUUCAAGGUCGUGAUAUGCUUGGACAUUGGCCACGCGAGCGUGCCACUGGAGAGUGGCCACUGCAAGUUCAACGACCGGGUCAGGCCGGCGCUGUUCGUCUUGAACAGCACCGACUCGGAGACGAUCUACGGCAAAGUGAUAAUACCGUAUCCUGAGAGUGGCGUGUGGUAUAUAACGCUGCGCCUGUUCUGCGACAGCGCCGUCUGUCCCUGUCGCACGUCGGAGAACGGCUCGGAGUACUUCGUGGACCCGAACGCGCUAGACAGGGACGGAUAUAUGGGCGACAAGAACGACACCAGGCAGGGGGAGACGGUUUGCAACGCGACGGCGGUCCUGUCCCUGUCGUCCACUUCCUGCGUGAACGGCAGGUGCAGCAACCACGGCAGCUGCGGCCUCAACACCUUCGGGGGGCUAGUGAUGUCUUUCUGCUCCUGUUCCGCCGGCUACGGAAGUUGGGACUGUUCAGACGACUCAAGAAUGGACAGCCGCGUCUACAUGCUCGUCUCGGUCCUUCUUCUCACGCUCAGCAACCUCCUCUUCUUCUUCUCCAUCUACGUGGCCAUCAUCCGCCUGUACUACUCCGAGGCGAUGAUGUACACCUUCACCAUGGUCUUCUCCACGUUCUACCACGCGUGCGACGCGCCCGCCCAGGUGGGGUACUGCGUCAUCAGAGGUAACAUACUGCAGUUCGGCGACUUCUACUGCGGCCUCAUGUCCUUCUGGGUGACUUUGCUGGCGAUGGGCGUCAUCAGCGAGAGGCUGCGCUCGUCUUUGCAGCUGACGGGCGCCAUAGUUGUCGCGCUUCUCACCACUUGGAACAUGCACUCGUUCGUGGCGUUCCUCCUGCCGGUGGCCGUAGGCCUCUGCGUGCUCCUGCUCUCCUGGUGGUUCGACUUCCGUAGCACCAGGCGGCUACGCUACCCCCGGCCGUACUACACGACCCACCUGCCGAUCGGCGUAGCUCUCGUCUCCGUAGGCCUGGUCUGCUACGCCUUCCUCCAGACGGAGCAGAACUACAAAAUCGUCCACUCCGUUUGGCACAUGAUAAUAGCGGGCAGCGUGGUCUUCCUGCUGCCCGACGUGAGGCGCACCGCCGUGAAUCCAUUCGUCCCGGGCCCGGGCUACUUCAAGUCACCAUUUUGGAGGGUUUUCGACAGGUCCCAAGCGCGCGUAUCGACCGAU